GGCUCCCCGUGUUUGUCUUCCGUAGCCAGCCGCGGACGUCGAUCCUCAACUUUUUCACUUUUCGAGCCAUCUUGUUCCUACGAGGUCUGCGUCCCUGGGCCAUACCGUCCGCACGGGCCCGGGCAGCUGAGGAAUCGCAGCGGCGCGGUCGUGUAUGGAGCUCUGGGCGGGGGCUGAGCCCUCGGUGUUGCCCCCCGCCCGCAGCCCGGGUCAUGCCCCCGCCUGCGCGCGCCGAGCCGCGGCCGCCGGGCCUGCGGGGCUGAGCCGGGGGCCGCGCGAGGAGGAGGCGCCGGCGGCGGAGCCCGGGCCGGAGCCGCGGCGGCCCCAGUACUAUGGCUGUGUACUGCUAUGCACUCAACAGCCUGGUGAUCAUGAAUAGCGCCGACCAGGUGAAGAGCGGCGGCCCCGGGCCCAGCAGCAGCGAGACGCCCCCGCCGCCGGGCAGGGCGGCGCUGAGCCCCGGCAGCGUCUUCAGCCCCGGGAGAGGCGCCUCCUUCCUCUUCCCCCCAGCCGAGCCGCUGUCGCCCGAGGAGCCCGGGAGCCCCGGGGGCUGGCGGGGCGGCCGGCGCAGGCUGAGCGGCGGCGGCGGCGGCGUGGGCAGCCCGAGUUGGGCGGGCCGCCCCAGAGGGGACGGGCGGCAGGUGGUGAGCGCCGGCUCCCUCUCCCCUCCCGGGCCGGAGGAGGCCAAGAGGAAGCCGCGAAUCCUGCAGCGCGAGUUGCAGAACGUGCAGGUGAACCAGAAAGUGGGCCUGUUCGAGGCGCACAUCCAGGCGCAGAGCUCCGCCGGUCAAGCGCCCCGCAGCCCGCGUUUGGGCAGGGCUCGCUCGCCCUCGCCGUGCCCCUUCCGCAGCAGCAGCCAGCCCCGAAGGGUGCCGGCUCAGAGCGAGGAACGGAGGACAAAGUCGUUGGGGGAGCAAUGUCCAGAGACGGCGGAGGCCGGCUCCGGCCGGAGAGGAAGGGCGCCGGGCCAGUGCCUCUCCGAGGGCGAGGAGGGGGUGGCGCCCUUCCCCGGCCCGGCCGUCCCCCCAGGAUCAGGGGCUCAGGGCCCAGCGGCUUUUGCGGUGGAGAAGGGGAUCCCUGCCAGACCCCACUGUGGCUCACCCAGAGCUAUGCAAACUGACCAGAGCAUCUCUCCGCCUUUGGGAGCGCACAGCGGCCAAGUUCCCCCGGCGGGGCUCAUCCGCGUGAACGUGGUGACGUCCACAGAAGUGGCAGCGAGAACCACAUCCAGUGGGCCCCACCAGCCACACGACCCUGGCCUCACUGAGCCGGCUGAGAGGCCCCGCGAGCUUGGGGGUGUGCGCCCCCGGGGGUCUCUGGCCCAAUGUCUCCGGCAGCCUCUGAGCGGAGAGAAGAGCCCAGCCCCAGAGAGGGGUGGGCCCUGCAGCUCAGAGCCCCCUGGGAAGGUGGAGGACGGAGAUCCGCCCGGUGGCGGCGUGCGGGGCUCCGGGGCGCCUGAACCCCGGAGGCCGGAGGACAGGACUGUGAACGCGCAAAGCUCGGAGCUUUCUGAAUCCCCCAGCCGGGUCAAGCCAUCUCCAGACCUGGGUUCAGUAGGCCCUGCGGCGACCCAGGGUGGGGCCCCAGUGGUCGGGGAGCCUCGGCGGCGCUCCAGCGGAGUGGAUGAAGGGUCUCUGACGCCGGGCCUGUUUGGGGGCAGCCGCUCAGCCCAGCCAGCGACCCGGGAGGAGGAGGCAGGAAUUCCCUGUGGCGCGAUGCUGGAGCCUUUGCCCUGCUGGACAGCCGCGAAAGAUCUGAAGAAACCUCAGUGCCUUCCUGGAGACUGGGUGGGUGUGCAGCCUGGGAGCUCCAGGGCUUGGCUGGGCCCCAUGGAGGAAGCCCGGGCCUGGACGUGUGGCACAGGAAUACAGCCACAGGGGACUUGGGGAAGCCAGCCGCCUGAUGGAGACGCCCAUCCCAGCCCAGAGCUGCUGUCCCCGGAUCCGAAGGACAAGCCCUCCCCGAGAGAGGCCCGCAGCCCCAGCAAUAUACCUGCCGUCAUCAUUACCGACAUGGGUGCCCAGGAGGACCAGACCGUGGAGGAGGUGCAGGGAAGUCCCCGGGGCACCUUGCCCCUGAGGAAACUGUCCUCUUCGUCUGCCUCCUCCACUGGCUUCUCCUCUUCCUAUGAGGACUCGGAAGAGGACAUCUCCAGUGACCCUGAGCGCUGCCUGGACCCCAACUCCGCCUUCCUGCAUACCCUGGACCAGCAGAAGCCCAGAGUGAGCAAAUCAUGGCGGAAAAUAAAAAACAUGGUGCACUGGUCUCCCUUCGUCAUGUCCUUCAAGAAGAAAUACCCCUGGAUCCAGCUGGCAGGACACGCAGGGAGUUUCAAGGCGGCUGCCAACGGCAGGAUCCUGAAGAAGCACUGUGAGUCGGAGCAGCGCUGCCUCGACCGGCUGAUGGCCGACGUGCUGAAGCCCUUUGUCCCCGCCUACCACGGCGACGUGGUGAAAGACGGCGAGCGCUACAACCAGAUGGACGACCUGCUGGCCGCCUUCGACUCGCCCUGCGUGAUGGACUGCAAAAUGGGCGUCAGGACCUACCUGGAGGAGGAGCUCACCAAGGCCCGGAAGAAGCCCAGCCUCCGGAAGGACAUGUACCAGAAGAUGAUCGAGGUGGACCCCGAGGCCCCGACCGAGGAGGAGAAAGCCCAGCGGGCUGUGACCAAGCCUCGGUACAUGCAGUGGAGGGAGACCAUCAGUUCCACCGCCACCCUCGGCUUCAGGAUCGAGGGCAUCAAGAAAGAAGACGGCUCCGUGAACCGAGACUUCAAGAAGACCAAAACGAGGGAGCAGGUCACCGAGGCCUUCAGAGAGUUCACUAAAGGAAACCGCAACAUCCUGAUCGCCUACCGGGACCGGCUGAAGGACAUUCGGGCCACCCUGGAAGUUUCUCCCUUCUUCAAAUGCCACGAGGUCAUCGGCAGCUCUCUUCUCUUCAUCCACGACCAGAAGGAGCAGGCCAAGGUGUGGAUGAUCGACUUUGGGAAAACCACGCCCCUGCCCGAGGGCCAGACCCUGCAGCACAACGUCCCCUGGCAGGAGGGGAACCGGGAGGACGGCUACCUCUCGGGCCUGAACAACCUCAUCGACAUCCUGACGGAGAUGUGCCAGGCCGCCCCGCUGGCCUGAGGGCCGGCCCGCCUCGCCCCCCCCACCUCCUCCCUGCCGCCCCCUCCCUUUCUCCUUCUGAAUUUCCCCUUGGUGCCGCCCCAGAGCCGACCCUCCCGAACUGCACUAUGAGACACUUUGUAAGAGACCAGGUGGAGAUCGGAGAGGAGAGGAGAGGAGAGGAGAGGAGAGGAGGGGAGGGGAGGGGAGGGAGAGGAGAGAAGAGGAGAGCUUGCCGGGCUUCCACUUCUCUUUAUAAAUAGGAUCUGCUGGCAGAAGAGGAGUGGUGGGGGGGGGGGAGCCAGGCUCAGGUGGCAGGGAGGUCCCCAACGCGGGAGCCGGCCCCAGCCUUCCAGUGGGGGCCUGCUGCCCCCUGGUGGCCGCCACCGAGCUCAGCCUGCCUUGGCCCCAUCCUUCCGGCCUGGAGCAUCUCCGGGUUGGGGCACAAAGCCACUGGCAAGUGCACGCUGGCCACGAGUAAAGCAUUCUCCGCCUAGCGGCCCGGGGGCUCCCACAGACGUGUGGUGGCCUGCGAAAGCAGGGACCCCACCCAGCUGGCAGUGAGACCCUCCAGCUGGGGGCCGGACCCAGGAGCCAGGAGAAUGCUGGAGUCCACUGGCUGUGCUCUCUGACCUCGACCUUCCCGGGAGGGGGCAGGCGGGAGCCCCCCUCUUCCAUCUGAUUAUCACCCAGGAAUUCAGAGGGACGCUCUGCAAACCUGACCUUGGGGGAGGCCCCGCCCCCACCCCCACCCCCAGAACCACCUGUGCCUCCGGCUGCCAACCCUGUUGGGACCAGGUCCGCGGCCCUGGGUGGGGCGGCCCGGGGCACAGCCGGCCCCCGGAGGAAGAUCGGUUGUCUCACGUCCCUUCACCCCCACCCCCCACAUCCCUGGGCUUGUUUCACGAGGUCAAGUCCCCAGCACGUUCGGGGGGGCAGCGCUGGGCAGGGAUGAAGCAGAUUGCUGGCCUUCCUGGCCUCAUUUUUCUCCCCGGAAGUAACUCUUCCAGCCCAAAGGGCUUGGACCCACAUUCCCCGGAUGCGGUGUGGGCAGCUCCCAGGGCGGGGGGUGGGUGCCGGGUGUGAGGAGGGGUGCUCCCGGCAGGGGGAAGAGUCCUGGGGCCUCUAAGUUGCUCGAAGAUGGCUGGGGAACCAAGUAGGGCGUGUUCUCAUUUUAAAGCAAGGCAAGUCUAUAUUAUGGGGAAGAAUGUGAAACCAGCAUGACUUUUCGAGAACAAACCUCUCGGCUCCGUGGCCCUUUGGGGCUGUUAGAGGCGCACGGGUGCCCAGAGCCGAGCUCUGACGGGGUAGCGAUCCGCAGACAGCCGGGUCGGGGACAUGGUGGAGGUCCGUGUACCCCGGAGCGUGAGCCCAGAGGGGCCGAUCCAAGAAGCAGGGUUUCCGGGGCUCCCCCCUUCCUUCCCCCCCCAUCGCCCCGGGGACUCUGGGAGACCUCCGACCCCAGCACGUGACCCCGGCAUUUCCCCUUUCGUGCUGGGUGAGUGACAGUCGGUGGGGGCGGAGGGUGGGACGCAUGAGGCUAUCUGAGUACAGAUUUUAGAAGAGGAAAGCAGUCUGAAACUUCCUGGCUCUGGUUCAAAACAGUGGGGAGCUUGUGUGGGGGGCUCUCGCCAAAGGUCACACCCCGUCCCGGCCGAGCGCGAGAGACCUCGUGACGGCAUGUGACCCUGUAAAGGCGGGAGCACCAAAGCCAGCGCUGGGUGGCUCAGGAGGGACCGGGGCAUCAGCAGUCCGCGGGGAGGGGACGUUGCUCAGUUGGACGUCCCGAUUCCACCGCCGUGGGUGGACCACAGGUCACCCUCACUCCAUCGAUGAAGGAAAUUUGCUAAAGCAAAUGAACGCUCUGAACAAGAAAGUGCAGGGGACCAGCUUGGUCUCCUAAGAGAACACAUUUUCCAAGCACUUUAAACAGGCACCCGUUGUCUGCAGACAGCGUGCUAAAAAAAAGGCAAAGCGACGUGUUUAUUAGAGGAGGUCCGUGGGGCCUCUUCCUGGCGACCGGUUGCUUGGGGUGACAUUCUGUCUGCGAAGGUGGUAUAAAGUGUCAUUUUUUUCUUAGGGGUUGGGGGGGGGGUUGUAUUUACUCGCUAGCUCUCCUCUCCUGCACCUGCUCUCGCAACCUUCCCUCCCCUCUUCCCUGUCCCCUCCCCCCCAUCCUGGAGGGCUAGGUGGAUCCCGAACCGGAACCCUUCUGAGGGACUCCUCGGGCUGCAGGUGCCGGGACGGCGGGACAAGCCACGUCCUUUCCCGCCCCGUCCUUGCCGGGCCCCCCGGGGGGGGGGGGUGGGUUCCUCGGUGGUCAGCGUGCUUAGCGUUCAAGGCAAGUUGCUCAACUGCUUGCCCAAAGACUUGCCUUUAGCGCCAUGUAAGAAGUUUUUAAGUUAUAUUUAUUU